AUAUGAGCCCGUAUGUCUGAUAAAAAAAAUUAAAGAAAGAAAGAAAGAAGAAGUAAGAAAAAACGAAUUAACUGUAGACGCCGUAACGGAUAUAAACGCUCUCCUUGUGCGGGUACGCGCAGCGCGUUCACAAACCCCUCCCCCAUUUAGAUAGUUAAACCAGCGCUACAUCAAAGCGUCACUCACUUUUAGAAAAAUAGACCCCUUGACCCCUUAUAACCUGUAAUAGUAUACUAUUUAAAGACAGUGAUCCUCAUUUGUGCAGUACACAGAUCCUGCAGCAGUCCUUGUGUUAUAAUGUGGAGGCUGUGCUGUGCUUGGUUUGGGGUUUAGAGAGACCGAGCUGUAAGUAGGUCGGGCUGGGCUUAAGCGGCUUAGCUACGUCAGCCUAAGCUGGGAGGAAUUCAUCCAAAGCCCUCCGCGGUAGGCGGGGGCCUAAACGAGGCUGGCCUAGUUAAGCCUGAUUCUUAUUGUGUGCAGCACAGCCUGUUUUUGUUGUGCAACGUGGCUGAGAGGGAACCUAGGAGAAGUGUAUGAAUCCAUGCACAUUUUAGGCAUAGUUUAUGUUUGAUUUAGAAGGAAAUUGAGAAAUAUAUGGGAGUAAGACCAAUGUUAGCCUUAUCACCGUGGACCAGGAGAAGCCAGCAGCAGGGACAAAAAAAGACAGGUGGGAAGAGUCAGGAGCCUUAGUAUUGAGUGUGGUUGCUGAACGGCGACAGCCAUAGGCCUGACUUGGGUCUGCGUGAGUCCGCUAUGCUAUAAGAUGGCAUCCAGCUCUGUGUUUCUGUCCAGUAUGGUGGGUAAAGCUCGCUCCUCCAACUUCACCCUCUCUGAGAAGCUGGACCUGUUGAAGCUGGUCCGUCCUCACAUCCGCAUCCUGGAGGAGCACACCAACAAGCAUGCGGUCAUCGUGGACAAAAACAAGUGCUGGGACACUGUUGCUGAGCAGUACAACGCCUUGGGAGGGGACAGACCCCAUCGCACCGCUCAGGGCCUCAGGACCCUCUACAAGAGGCUGAAGGAGUCAGCCAAGCAGGAAGUGAUGCAGCGGAGACACGCCCAGCCAGAGUACAGAGCGAGCAUCUCCGAGCCAACCAGGAGAAUUAUGGAGAUGAUCCCUCACCUGUUUCACCAUGUGCCCAUCCAUGAAAAGGACCAGGCACUGCGCAGAUUAAUAUACAGCAAGCACAACUCUCCUGUCGAACAUCCUGGCAGCAGCUCCUCUCUGGCUGGACUCCAGGAUUACUCAGCAGCUGUCCCAAGUAUCCCCCAUGAGGUGGUCCAGCUGGACCCUGAAGAGGAUGUUAAACCACCGCCAGACCUCCCCAUCCUCUCCGUACACUCGGAGCCAGGGCUGGACGGAGGCCAGGAGCAGCAGGAGGAGGACCAGGACUCGGGCAGCGUCCACGAUUACGAAGCAUCCCUGUCUCCCGUCACUUCCUCCGUUAACAUCCCUCUCUCACCCUCGCCGCUGCCCUUACGUUGCGACCUCUACCCCAACGAGAUUUACCCUCACCACGAGCCCGACAGGUUUCGCCCUCUGCACCUCGCCAAAGAGGAGCACGAGUUGGUGUUAGCCAAUCACAGGAAGGUUGCCGUCUACCUGGAGGAGAAGAGGGAGGGGCUGAAGAGGAAACAGGACCUGGAGGAGGAACUUCUAAAAGCCAAGAUCAAAGUAGAGAAACUAAAGGCUGCUCAACUGAGACACGGACUGCCAGUUCCUCUAUAACGAGCAUGAACACGCACAUCUGUGUCCAGUCUUAGAAAGGGAGAGGCUCUGAGGAACUUCAAGUAUGUAGAGGAAGCUAAGGACCAAUCACACUCAUCAGUUUCAUUUAGAGAGCCGUUUCAGAACUUGACAUUUUUUUUUGUUAUAUAAACAUAGUGCCUCAUACAGACACUGAAAGCCUGUUUGCAUAUUGCAGGAUGCAAGUCUGACUUGUGUUGCCAUCAGUCUGUGUUUAUGCUUGUCAAUGUUAAAAUUGUAUCAUCAUUAUCGCACUUAUUGACAGAAAUGGCAACAAAACUUGUACAUUCUUACAUUACAUAACACUGUGACAGGCCAAAAUAGGUUAAAUAAAUGUUGAAGUCCAGGUUUUGGAAGGGAAUAUUAUUAGUAAUAAAUAGCGUCUAUUAUGAUGGUGCUUUUCCUGCCUAGAUCUGCUAACAAUAUGUAUCUAUGGGGAUUUUAGCCUUGUGUUAAUAAUAUACUAUAAUGAUACUGGAGUGUGACAGUCUGCCUGGUUCAUAUCAGGGGGAUUGUAUCGACCUCUGUUCAUUCUUUUUAAAGAGAAUUUCUGCUUGAUCUAACAAACCAGAAGCAAUAAACUAAAAAGGCAUUUCCUCGUAGCACUUUUCAGUAACCAAGCUAGCGGCGCUUAUUAAAAUUCUGUGUAUUAGAAAUGAAAAAAGAAGCACUCCAAACAAACAAAGUUACACUUUUUAGAACUGAGAAAUGUUCAAACACCCAGGUUUGAAGCACAAGUUAAACUGCCGAAGGCCUUAAACACGAGAUGCUACUGAUAACAAAUCCUGUUCUUUGAGUUGCUGAAUUUACAUGGAAAUGAGAGAAAUCUGUUCGUCAGAAAUUCCCUCUGGUUGCUGAAUUGACAGUAAGUUUAGUGAUCAAAAUAAGGGAGCUGGAUUUGCGAUGUUAUUGUUAUUUAAUGUGUGUGACUACAACAUUGAUUGUAUUGUAAUGUGUGUCGUUAAAUGAGUGUUGUCAGUUUCUUUUACACUUUGUCCAAAUGUUCACUUGUUUCUAUUAAAGAAAAGAAGGUUUUGUGUUUAUUACACAUCA